AUCGCUAUUACUGUUUGAUCAUAUAGUUUAUGGUUCAUAGUCAAUUUGUUCAGUGCGUCCGUCGUGUAUUUUUGUAAUAAUAUGAUAUGAGAAUCUUAUUUUAAUUUGUAUUGAAGAAUUCGUGCUAAACGUGUAUACAUUUAUGAAAUCAAAUAAGGUGUCGAGGAAAACUUUAUACUUAUUUCUUUUCUAAAGGUUACACGAGAACAUAAGUGAUUUAACAGUGAAAAUGACAUGAAUUCAUGCUGUGCGCGUUUCGAUAUAAAGGUGGGAGGGGGAGGAAGAGAGAUGUGUCGGUGGAUGAAUUACUACAAUUUGCUUAAUAGCUAAUAGACUCAAAAUUACUGGUAUGCUUUUACGAUCCAUUCACGAUGUCCGCAUAUGUGACGAUACUGCCAUACCUUUUCCUAGGAUUAUUAGGUGUUGCUUUAGGACAUGAUGUUAAGGGUUCUAAAUUUUGUGAAUUUUACAAUGAAACUAUGUGCACGGAAAGUCAACAAGGAUGUUCAGGAAAGGAGGAAUGUGGCCCGCAUGACCCUGAUAAGCGUAAUCAUUGCUAUGUGCUAUGGCAUAUUGACAGUGAAACCAAAAAGACUAUAAUUAAAUUGAAGGGUUGUUUCUUAGAUAGUAAAGAAUGUUACGACAAGCCAAAAUGCGUUGAAAAAAAUGCAGAUAGGCAAAAGAAAUUGUUUUUCUGUUGUUGCGAUGGUAAUAUGUGCAACCAAAAUUUUACGUGGGAUCCGCAACCUACUCAACCUCCCCCCAUUGUUCACGAAUACGAACCUGUUCCAAAUACUGAACAACAAAUAAUAACACUUGCUUUAUCCAUAUCAAUUCCUAUGCUCUUUCUUAUAAUAAUUAUAUCCAUUUUAUAUUGGUGCUAUCGUCGUAAAAAAUUGGGAUACUUCAAUGAGGUGCCAACGUUAGAACCAUUACCUUUACCCCAGCCGUCUCCUAAUUUAGGAUUACGCCCAAUUCAACUCCUUGAGAUAAAAGCUCGAGGAAGAUUUGGAGCUGUUUGGAAAGCACAAUUGAAAAAUGAAAUUGUUGCUGUAAAAGUUUUUCCCAUGCAAGAUAAGCAAUCUUGGCAAACGGAACAAGAGAUAUUUAGACUUGCGCAUAUGGAUCAUGAGGACAUAUUGCGUUUUAUAGGUGUUGAAAAAAGAGGUGAUAAUUUGCAAGCUGAGUUUUGGUUAAUAACUGCAUACCACGAGAAAGGUUCUUUAUGCGACUAUCUUAAAGCUAAUGUUGUAACAUGGCCUGAAAUGUGCAGAAUUGCAGAAUCAAUGGCACGGGGAUUGAUGCAUCUGCACGAGGAGAUACCAGCUAAUAAAGUCGAUGGUUAUAAACCAGCUGUUGCUCACAGAGACUUCAAGUCCAAAAAUGUGCUUCUUAAAGCAGAUAUGAAUGCGUGUAUUGCCGAUUUUGGCUUAGCAUUAAUAUUCCACCCUGGAAAGCCUUGCGGUGACACACAUGGGCAGGUUGGAACAAGAAGGUAUAUGGCUCCUGAGGUUUUAGAGGGGGCAAUCAAUUUUACCAGGGAUUCAUUUUUGCGAAUCGAUAUGUAUGCAUGUGGGCUCGUACUAUGGGAAUUAGCUUCACGAUGUACUGUGCAAGAUGGACCAAUUGGAGAAUAUAGAUUACCAUUUGAAGAUGAAGUUGGUCUUCAUCCUACAUUAGAAGACAUGCAAGAAAGUGUGGUACAUAAAAAAGAAAGGCCACUUAUUUUAGAAACAUGGCGUAAACAUCCGGGACUUCUAUCAAUUUGUGAUACAAUGGAGGAAUGUUGGGAUCAUGAUGCCGAGGCACGUCUCUCGGCUUCUUGUGUAAUGGAGCGAGUGGCUACAUUGAGUAGGACACUUGUUUUAAAUUCAUCUACAUUAAUUCGCGUUGAUAAUACCAACGAGUCUAUCAGCACUAAGGAGUCUAGUAUGUAGUUAGUAUAUAUGUAUUAUAGUUUUAGUUAAAUUGCACAACCAUUUCCUGUAUCAUAAUUUUUUCAUGUACAUAUGUGGGAAAUGCCAGAACAUCAAAUGCAUGAGCAUUUUUUAAUCAUCAGAAUUUAUGGAUUAUAUUAUUUUUUUAUCUACUAAUAUAUUUCUAACAUUUUAAAAACUAGAAUAUAGACAUUUAGAUCAUAAUUUAUAAUUUAUAUUACAUUAAGAUUUGUUGAUAAAAAAAAGAAAAAUUUAUACAAAUUAACAGCUUUCAAACAGUUAAUAUUUUUGGGUUUUUUUUUUUUUUUGGUAUGAGUUUUUAUUUUAUU